UGCUUCAAGUUUUUGUGAUCCUCCUCCAAGUUUUGGUUUUCUUAGCGGUGUUUAUAAUUGAAUAAAGUUAUGUCCGUAAACCUAGACUAUUUAAAAAUAAAUUUAAUAAACAUAUAUAUCUCUAUGCAAUAUAAUAUUUCUUAGAUUCAUCGAUGUCUUUUAUAGAAAUGUAUAUGUUACAUCGAUUUUCAUUUAAAGUUCAUGUGAAAGAGAGAAAUGAUUAUUAGAAAUUGAUGGUCACAGAUAUAUGUAUGAACUUGUAGAAAACUAUUCAAAAGGUGUAAAUAUUAGAAAAUGAAUCCAUUGAAAGACAAUGAAGAUGUGGCUUGUUUUGUUGUUACAAAACUUUCAUGGAAGGGGAAGUACAAAAGAAUAUUUUCUAUUGGGACCAUGGGCAUAUCUACUUACAGUCCUAAUAAAUUGGAAGUUACAAAUCAGUGGUUUUACAGUGAUUUUAUUAGCAUAACUCCAACAGUAAAAGGUCAAACAACAGAUGAAUUUGUAAUCAAUAUGAAGAAGGGCAGAAAAAGUGAAUCAAUGAGAUUUGCAUCUGAACUUAGAGCUGAAAUACUUACUGAAGCAUUGAGGUUCAGAAAUAAAUUUGCUGAAUCAGCAUUUGUAACAGCAAAUUAUAGAGCUUCAAAGCUACACUGGUCAGAUAAUCCUCUUCCAGUUAUACUAGAGCUUGGCCCUGCCUCAAUAAUCCAAAAAGAUGCCACUAGUGGUAAUGAAAUAGCAUCAUACGAUUAUAAAAAUAUAGAAAAGUUAGUUCCUAUAUCAGAUCGUGAAGGUGGUUUUGUGAUUGUAUGCAAUGAGUUUGGACGGCAGCAUUUUUUCAUUUGUGAUAAAAGAGAUGAGCUAUUGAAAAAAGCUGCUGAGUAUGCUGUGAAUAAUGUUGGAGUGUGUAUACCUCUUGCAAAAGAAACCAUGACAACCAAUUCAUUUUGGGAAAAAAGAUUAGGAAAAUUUAGUUCAGAUGAAGCUAUUACAUCAGUGUCUGACUUUAUCGUCCAUAAAGAAUCUCUUAGAUAUAGUGAACCUGUAAAAAGAAUUUUAGGAUUAACAGAGACAUGUUUAAUUGAAAGGGACCCUCAAACAUAUUCUAUAGUCACUAUUAGACCAUUAAAUUCUAUAUAUGCUUUGAUUCGUCAUCCUGAUAAUCCACAAAAGUUUCGUGUUGAAUAUGUCACUGGCCAAAUUAGAUCAUAUACAUCAAGUGACAGGGAUGCUCUCCUGGCUACACUGUUGGAUGGAGUAAGAGCUUCUGGGAAUUGCGAUGUUCAUGUCAAAAUGCAGCCAACAUGUCGUGGACAACGUUUUGGUCCAUUUUAUCUUCCAGUUGAUGAGGAAAUUGAAACUAACCAUCUCAGAUUUUUAGUAUCAAUACCUGUUAGAUGGGAUUUUUCUCGAGCAGUUGUGCAGUUUAAUAACAACAUUUCAUAUAAAGGUUUAGUUCAUGCCACUGUAGAGAGCAAGGAGAAGCUUAUACAACCUGCGUUAUUGGCUCUCUUAGAAAGAGAUGGGGAUGACCAAUCACCUGAAAUGCUAGAAGCUCAAUUUCAAUGCAUUCGAAGAUUAGUUGCCUCAAAAAUGGGAUUUGCAACUUUUACUCAAAUUCCUUCAUUUAGAGAAAAAUUAGGGCUGAAAGUUGUGAGAGCACUUAAAAUUGCUGACUCUGGAGUUGCACAUGCUAGCAUUGAUAUGUUAUGUGCUUUAAUGCAGCCCAUGCAUGAUGAUUAUGAUUUAAGACAAGAGCAAUUGAACAAAAGCUCAUUGCUGUCUUCCAAAAAAUUCCUUGAAAGUCUACUUGAAAUGUUUAUUUCGCAUAUAGAUAAAGGUACAGGAGCACUAGUAGUUUCAGCUAUGCUGGAUUUUUUGACAUUUGCCUUAUGUGCUCCAUAUAGUGAAACUACUGAUGGAACUCAUUUUGAUACUUUAUUAUCAAUGGUUGCCGAUUAUGGUCGUCAUUUAUUCAGACUUUUCCAGCAUACUUCCUUAGCUAUUGUUAAAGGAGCUGGUCUUGUUAUGAAAGCUAUUAUAGAGGAAGGGGAUGCAGAAAUUUCAGCAAAAAUGCAAGAAUUGUCCUUGGCUGAAGGUGCUUUACCUAGACACUUGCAUAUUGCUAUGUUUACUCAAAGUACUGACACAAGGUUUCUAACAAUGCAACAGCUAUCACGUCAUCUUGUUGGUUUAUGGAUUACAGGUCACCCCACAGCUAUGGGAUUACUGCAGAGAAUUUUACCUGCAGGAUUACUCUCAUAUUUAGAUGCAACUGAAAAUCCUCCUGAGAAAGCAACAGAUUAUAUCAAUAUUAGAGAUAAUCUAAAGAUUGCAGUUGAUCAAAGUCAAAUUGGCACAAAACAGCUUCCACAAUCGUUGAAAGUUCUGGAAAAGCAUCUGGAAUAUGUCUUGGAGCAUUGGAGAGAAAGAAUUGGGCUUCCGAAAAAAGAACUAAUUGUUGGAACAUCAAGUGUUCCAGAGGAUAAAAUCCAGCAGAGACCGGUAGUGUUGCGAAAACGGAGAAAAAGAGUGAAACCUGAAGCAAACUGGCCCAUGUUUUAUUAUCAAUUCAAUCAAGAUCACACAAAACCUGACUUAAUAUGGAAUUAUAGGACAAGAGAAGAAUUAAAAGAUGCACUGGAAAAAGAAAUGAGAGACUUCAGCUCAUGUCGAGAUCUGAGUAGGACUAUAACUAUUUCAUGGAAUCAUAUAGAAUUUGAAGUUCAUUAUAACUCCUUAGCUGAAGAAAUUAAAAUUGGAGAUUAUUAUUUAAGGCUUCUUCUUGAAGAAGAUGAUAAGGAUACAUCUGGUAGCUCUUUUAUCAAGAAAUCUCAUGAAUUUUUUAAUGACCUUUAUCACCGAUUUCUUCUGUCUCCUAAACCUGCUAUGAAGUCAAUGUGUCUACAAGCUAUGGCAAUUGUGUAUGGUCGUCAUCACGAAGAAAUUGGUGGCUUCAAUGAUACAAGAUUUAUUGUCAGUAUGUUAGAUAGAAGUGCUGAUAAACUUGAGAGAGAUCGGUUAGUAUUAUUUAUUGGGAGAUUGAUUCAAUACAAGAGAAAUGUGAAAGAAGUAAUAGAUGCAGGUGGUUUGAGAAUUUUAGUAGAUCUUCUGACUUUAGCUCAUUUGCAUACCAGUCGUGCUACAGUUCCAACUCAGACCAAUGUUAUUGAAGCAUCUCCUGAAAUGAUGAUGAUGACUGAAAAAGAAUGGUAUUACCGAAAUGCUGAAAAGGAACGUCAUGGACCAUUUGGUUUCAAUGAAAUUAAAGACCUGUGGAGUGAAGGAGUAAUUCAUCCCAAAACCAGAUGUUGGGCUCAAGGCAUGGAUGGUUGGAAACCAGUUCACAUGAUUCCUCAAUUAAAAUGGACUUUGAUGGCCUCUGGAAAUGCUUUGAUGAAUGAAAGUGAUCUGGCAAACGAAAUUCUUAAAAUGUUAAUCCAAAUUUGUGAAUAUUUUCCUAGUCGAGAUUCUGAUGGUGCUGUGAUACGUCCAUUACCUAGAGCUAAGCGUUUGCUUUCUGAUGCAACAUGCUUGCCACAUAUUGUUCAGCUGCUGUUAACGUUUGAUCCAAUUUUGGUUGAAAAAGUUGCUAUAUUGUUGACUCAUAUAAUGCUUGAUAAUCCAGACAUAUCAAAACUAUAUCAGACUGGUUUCUUCUUCUUUAUUCUGAUGUACACAGGCUCAAAUUUAUUACCCAUUGGUUCUCUGUUGCAAAUGUCACAUUCCUGCCAAGCAUUUCGUUGCGAAGAGAAUCAAGCAUCAUCAAUUAUGCAGCGCAGCAUACUUGGACAAUUAUUACCUGAAGCCAUGGUGUGUUACCUAGAAAACCAUGGUGCUGAAAAAUUUGCUCAAAUAUUUUUGGGUGAAUAUGAUACACCAGAAGCAAUAUGGAGCAAUGAAAUGAGGAGGCUCAUGAUAGAAAAGAUAGCUUCACAUAUUGCUGAAUUUACUCCCCGAUUACGCUCCAACACCAAAGCUUUAUAUCAGUACUGUGCUAUACCUGUCAUACAGUAUCCUCAAUUAGAAAAUGAACUUUUCUGCAACAUUUACUAUCUGCGCCAUUUGUGUGAUACACAAAAAUUCCCUGAAUGGCCUAUACGAGAUCCAGUUAAAUUGUUAAAAGAUGUUCUUGAAGCCUGGAAGCAGGAAGUUGAGAAAAAGCCACCUGCUUUAUCUGUAGAUGAAGCAUAUGAAACUCUUGGUCUCAAAAGAGAGGAUCAGCCUGAUGAAAGUGUUAUCCGCAAGUCAUACUUUAAACUAGCUCAGAAAUAUCAUCCUGAUAAAAAUCCUGAUGGGCGAGAAAUAUUUGAAAAUGUGAACAAAGCUUAUGAAUUUCUGUGUAGUAAAUCAUCUCGACAAUGUGAAGGUCCUGAUCCACACAAUGUGGUAUUGAUACUCAAAGCACAGACUAUUCUUUUUAGUCGUCAUAAAGAAGAAUUGCAUCCAUAUAAGUAUUCUGGCUACCCAAUGCUGGUAAAAACUAUUCGAAUGGAAACGAAUGAUUCUCAGUUGUUCUCCAAAUCAGCACCUCUCCUUGCUGCUGCAGCAGAAACUGCAUAUCAUACUGUUAAUUGUUCAGCAUUAAAUGCUGAGGAACUUCGUAGAGAGGGAGGUCUAGAAGCUCUACAAGAAGCAUUUUCUCGCUGUGUUGGAGUGUUAAGUAAGUCAUCUAAAACUGAAGAUCUUUCAGUUCAAGUGUGUGUUCACAUAUCACGUUGUUUUGCUGUUGCUGCUCAGUUCAGAGGUUGCCGAGAACGUAUGAUAGAAAUGCCGGAUAUGAUUAGAGAUUUGUGCAGAAUCUUAUACUUUGAUCAUUUAACAAAAUUGUGUACAGUAGUUGUGGAAUGUGUAAGUGCUCUAGCCAUCAAUGAUGCACUUCAGACUCAUCUGUACCAAGCUGGUGUUCUUUUCCAUCUCCUAAUUUUCUUAUUCAACUAUGAUUACACACUCGAAGAAGGUGGUGUACAGAGGGAUGAAGAAUCAAACAAGCAGGAAAUUGCAAAUCAGCUAGCUAAAUUAAGUUUACGUGCACUAAGCAGAUUAGGUGGUUACGGCACAGGAGAUGAUGAAACUCCAAAGAAUGAUGCUGUACAUAUGUCUUUGACUGCUCUUUUGACACCAUAUUUGGUUAAUCAGUUGAGUCGUUGUGAGCCAGCUGAAAUUUUGAAAAUAUUGAAUAGUAACACUGAAAAUCCAUAUCUUAUUUGGGACAAUGCAACACGAGCUGAAUUAACAGAAUAUUUAAAAACUCAACGAAAGGACAAAAUAAGAUCUGGUGAAUGUGAUCCUUCCUAUGGCAGUGACUUCAAAUUCUCUGCACAUGCUUCUGAACUUAUUAUUGGUGGAAUCUUUGUACGUGUAUAUAAUGAACAACCCACAUUUCCAUUAGAGAAUCCCAAAUAUUUUACAUUGGAACUCUUAGAUUACUUGAGCUCUCAAGCCCAAUACUUGUAUUCUCUCAUGGCAUUACAAUCAUCUGGUGUAAAACAAGAAACUAAUCAGACUCGCUUGAAAAGUGUAGAAAUGGCAUUGGAAGCUCUUCGUAAUGUUGUAAAAAAUAAUCCUGGUGUGGAGAUGCAAUGCAUUGGACACUUUAAGCUUCUUUUUAGUCUUCUUAGGUUAGAUGAUUGCCCAAGAGUUCAAGCUCUUGCAAUUGAUGUUAUAGCUGGCGUGACAAGUAAUCAAGAAUGUGUAAAUGAUAUAGCUGCUAGUGAUGUCCUUGUUUACCUGUUACUUGUUCUUCAUUCUUUCAAGAACUCAGCUAGUCAAACAACAGUAUUGGAAACUCUUUUGCCUUUAAUGUCAAAUGGCAAGCUAGUCAAAGAUGCUAAUACUAAAGGUGCUGUGAUAUACCUCUUAGACUUAUUUUGCAAUGCCACAAAUCCUACUAUCCGAGAAUUAACUGCAGGUUUAUUAGGAAAAAUGACUUCAGAUAAGUUGAUUGGACCAAAAUUACGCAUUACUUUAUCUAAAUUUUUACCUACUUUAUUUCUUGAUGCCAUGAAAGAUUCUCCUGAAACGGCUGUACAUAUGUUUGAAGGUUGUCAAGAAAAUCCAGAAUUAAUUUGGAAUGAUGAAUCCCGUGAAAAUUUGUGCUCUGUUGUACAAAAAUUAGCAAAUGAGCAUUAUAAAAUACAGAAAGAUGAUCCUCAAGUUCAAUGGAAGCCUCCAAAUGAACCAUGUUUAAGUCUUCCAGAAAACCAGGAAACUAUAGUAGCAGGAGUUUAUUUGCGGCUCUUCAUUCAAAAUCCAACAUGGGUUCUUCGAAAACCCAAAGAAUUUCUUACUGAAUUGUUGGAUAAAAUAAAUGCUGUGAUGUCUAAAGAUAAUGUAAAUAAUGAACUCCUUGAAACUUUAACACAAGCUCUGGUGUGCCUAUUAACAGCACAGCCUUCUCUGCUGGACCAUAUACCUGCUUUAGGCCAUAUUCCUAGACUUAUGCAAGUUAUGCUCAGACCAGAGGAUUCAAUAUCAGGCUCUUGUCUUCAAAUUGUUAGACAGCUUUCCAAUUCUGAAGCCUGCAUCAAAUGCCUCUCCCAGAGUAGUUUCAUCAAUCCAAUGAUGAAAGCUAUGACAAGAAGGCGGGAUCUUGUGGGAAUAGCUUGUGAAGCUCUGAAUAAUGCUUUUCAUAAUUGUUCAGAAGAUCUGAUGCAACAAGCUUUGGAAGCUAAACUUGUGCCAUAUUUACUUGAUUUGUUGGAAAAGAAAUUAGAAGGCAACACUUCUGCAGUUAAAGCUCAAAUUGUACAAGCUUUGAAAGCUAUGUGCUUAUCAUUGCAGUAUGGAGAGCAGAUUACUGAACAAUUAGACAAAUCUGAAGUAUGGGCUGAGUAUAAGAAUCAAAAACAUGAUCUUUUCAUUAAUGAUACUCAAACAAGUGGAUAUCUUACAGGUGCACCUAGUGUUGCUGGUUAUUUAACUCAAGGAUCCUUAAAAGUCAUGCCUAACGUUCCACCUGUAGAAGACAGCUGAAUCACAGCUUCAAUAGAAUGAAAUCUUGAUUUUGUAAUUAAAUGUUCUCAUCAUUGUUCUGGACUUUUUAUGCAGGACUGAAACUCAUCAAGUGUUAAUCUACAUGUCAGAUGUAAAAUAAGUUAAACCGCAAUCAUUUUUAAUUGUAAAGUUUAGUAAAGUAGUUAUGUUUUAAAAUAUAAAAGAAAUGUAUAAUAUUGUUCUAUUAUUUAAAAGGUAAAAAUCUUGAAAUAUGUUUGUUGUUGUAAAUUAGAAUUAUUUAUGUCUAAAAUUUUGUUAUGUUUGAUCACAGUAUGUCAUAUUCAGUUAUAUUCAUGUGGAAGUUUUAAUGUCUAUUUCUGUUUUUGUGUGUGAUUUAUUUCAAACAGUGAAUUAUACUGAGUUGCAAGUAAUUCCUAUUCGUUACCAUCAUUAGGUGAUACAACUUUAAAUUUCUGAAAUAAAACACUAAGUACAUUUUGUGAAAUAAUUUCUUUUUUGAAUUCUUUCUAAAGAAAGAUUCCUGUACUGUUUUGAAUCAAUAAGUUCACUGAUGAAAAAAAAAACUAAAUUGUAAAUACUGCAUAUAAAAUGUAUAAUCUUGUAAUGCUGAAGAUAUUUUUUCAUCUAGAUUGUAUAUUUUUAUCAUGGGAAGCUUUUUCUAGAAAUAUUUUAAUUGCUGAAAUCUUGGAAAUUUUCAUGUGAUUCCAUCCCUGUAAAAUUAAUGAACUUUAAAAUUUUCUGAUUAUAAUGUAAGUAACCGAAAUUUUCUGUGGCACAUUUCUACAUUGUAGUGCACUGUUCCUCUUCUCAAAUGCUGAUCAAUUUGGUACUUCUGUUAGAAGUUUUCAUAGUAUAUUUCUUCUAUCAAAACUUUUUAUAUUUUAAAAUCUUUCCAAAUUAAAUUAUAUUGCAAAUUAAUUCUUAUUAAACAAACUUCCCUACUAAUUGUAUUUACUAAUGAAAGUUGUUAGAUAAUUUGCACAUUCUAAGGAUUUUCUAUUUAAAUAAAUUUGAAUCUACUAAUAGUUCAUUUUAGUGGAUGAUUAUUGUUGUAUUUGAUACACUAAACAAUAAUCAACACUUUUUAUGUAAAUUAUAUUUAUAUUGCAUUGCUUAACAGAUAGAAUUUUGUAAAGUUAAUUUAUUUGUGAAAUUGAGCAGCUUUUUAAAUUCUCUUAAGUAUUACCAUUCAAAGUAAAAUGAGUAAGCAUUUCAUAAUUAAAAAUUCUUCGAAUCUUAUGCAAAAAUGUGAAUUGAUUUCAGGAUUUAUGCAUUUCUAAUACAUUAUCAGAAAGUAUGAUAAUCAUUCCAAGUAAUUUGCAUACCAUUGCACCAAUCACUUUUUUUUUUUUUUUCUUAUCAUAAUUAACAUCCAGUUGGAUAAUGUAUUACUAAUGCUGUAUUAUACUUUUAUGAUUUAAAUAUGUGUAAUAGUUAUUAUUUUUCUAGUGUAAUCGUUUUUUACAGACACAUCAAAUACUUUUAAGUGCCAAUGUUCAACUACUCUUAAUUUGUAAACUUUGAUGUCGUAAUUAUUUUUUACUCAGUGCGAAUCGUGAUUACUCCUAAACCAAGAAAUCUGUUCUGUAUCCUUGCUUAUGUGAAUAAGUAAGCUAUUGAUUGUAUACUGAAAAUUACAUUUGUAUAAAGAGAAAAUAAAAUAUUUUCUUUCUUUA